AUGCCACCAUCACUGCAGGAUAACGUCACUAUCCUCUUUUUAAUCCACAUUUUUAACCAGUCACUUUACCAAUCUCCUCAGCCAGCUCCUGUGCUCUGGUGUACGACUCAACAGCGGGUUUUAACAAUAUCUGGACAAUCAUCAGUGAUGGACGUGAUCAUUCGCCGCUGCCCGUUCUUGGCUCGCGUGCCUCAGGCCUUCAUGCAGCAGCCCAAGAAGUCUCUUGUGGUCUAUGCUCAGAAAUGUCCCAUCAUGAUGGAACUGGCCUCCAAACCCAUGGCCCCUCAGAUGGCCCGCGCCCUCUGCUCCUCCUCCUCCUCCUCCUCCCAGAGAAUCAGCGAUACUAGCCGUACUGAAGGAAGUAAACAUGCAGCGGAGAUGGCUCCUCACCCACUGCCAGCCUCAGGGCAGGCCAAGGCAUCCAAAUGCCCCUUUCUGGCUGCUGAGAUGGGGCAGAAGAACAGCAGCGUGGUCCGGGAACUCGGGAUGGAGUUCCAGGAGGACGUCCAAGAAGUGCGCACCUUGAAGAAAGAUAUGUCACAGCUGAAGCCGGAGGGUCAAAUGAACCUGAUGAAGACUCUCCUAACCCAGAGACCCAAGAAAGUGUCUCAUCUGCUCCAGGACAAUCUGCCAGCUUCCCCAAUCCAUUACGACCAGUUCUUUGAGAAGAAGCUGGAGGAGAAGAGGAGCGACCACACGUACCGCGUCUUCAAGACCGUGAACCGCUUGGCUCAGGAGUUCCCGAUGGCCGACGACUUCAGCACCUCCCUGGACGACAAGAGGGAGGUGUCCGUCUGGUGCAGCAACGACUACCUGGGCAUGAGCCGGCACCCGCGGGUCCUCCAGAGCAUCGUGGGCACGUUGAACCGGCAUGGAUCGGGGGCGGGUGGGACCAGGAACAUCUCUGGUACCAGUAAGUACCAUGUGGAGCUGGAGCAGGAGCUGGCCGACCUCCACAACAAGGACGCAGCGCUACUUUUCACCUCCUGCUUUGUGGCCAACGACUCCACGCUCUUCACCCUCGCCAAGAUGCUGCCAGGCUGCGAGAUUUACUCUGACGCCGGGAAUCACGCCUCCAUGAUCCAGGGCAUCAGGAACAGCGGGGCCAAGAAGUUCAUUUUCAGACACAACGACGUGGAUCAUCUGAGGGAGCAGCUGCAGAAGGGAGACCCCACCAAACCAAAGAUUGUGGCCUUCGAGACUGUGCACUCCAUGGAUGGCGCUGUGUGUCCACUGGAGGAGAUGUGUGACGUGGCCCAUGAGUUUGGAGCCAUCACGUUUGUGGAUGAAGUUCACGCCGUGGGGCUGUAUGGCGCCCGAGGAGGAGGCAUCGGAGACCGGGACGGAGUUAUGCACAAGAUGGACAUCAUAUCUGGCACACUGGGGAAGGCCUUUGGCUGCGUGGGUGGGUACAUUGCUAGCACCGCCGCCCUGGUGGACAUUGUGCGCUCCUACGCUGCUGGCUUCAUCUUCACCACGUCUCUGCCUCCGAUGCUGCUGGCCGGAGCACGUCAAUCCAUUCAGGUCCUGAAGAGCGAGGAGGGGCGAACGCUGAGGCGGAAGCACCAGCGGAACGUCAAGCUGCUGCGACAGAUGCUCAUGGACUCUGGACUUCCGGUCGUUCACUGCCCGAGUCACAUCAUCCCUGUCAGGGUUUCUGACGCAGAGAAAAACACUGAAGUGUGCGACCUGAUGAUGAGCCAGCACAACAUCUAUGUCCAGGCCAUAAACUACCCCACCGUUGCUCGCGGUAAUGAGCUUCUGCGCAUUGCCCCCACGCCACAUCACACCCCCGAGAUGAUGAAGUACUUUGUUGAUUGUCUGGUCGAGUCCUGGAGGGCGGUGGGUCUUGAGCUGAGGCCUCACUCGUCGGCUGAGUGCACGUUCUGUCAGCAGCCUCUUCACUUCGAGUUCAUGAGCGAGAGGGAGCGGUCGUACUUUACCGGCCUCAGUCACCCCAUCUCAGCCUGUGCCCACUGA